AAGCCACGUUAGCUCUACGCAGCUUGGCCCAUUCGCAAUUGUCAACACCAGGAAGGGCAAAAGCCGAUAUAUCAGCUUAGAGGCCACCCAGGAUGAUUCGUUCAACACAGAUUGCGAGGCUCGAUGGCCUCAUGUUGUGCGCGUCAGUGGACGAUUCGGACACGGAGCGGGAGCUAGGGGAAGUCAAGUCGCAAGUCAAGCUGAUCCUGCGACGGCUAAGCCGCAACUCGGAGCCGCAGGCGUCGAUCGAGAGCGGCGCGUACUCGCUGCACUACCUCAUCUCGGCCGACAUUGUCUACGUGGCCAUCACGGAGCGCGCAUACCCGCGCAAGCUGGCCUUCACGUACCUCUCGGACCUGGCGACCGAGUUCUCGACAACGUACCCGGCGCAACAGCUCAUGAGCCCCGUGCUGCGGCCCUACGCCUUCAUGGAGUUCGACACCUUCAUCACGCGCACAAAGGCCACCUACAGCGACGCGCGCGCCACGCAGAACCUUGACAAGCUCAACGACGAGCUGCGCGACGUGACAAAGGUCAUGACCAAGAACAUUGAGGAUUUGUUGUAUCGGGGGGAUAGCCUCGAGAGGAUGGGCGAGCUGAGCAGCAGGUUGAGGGACGAUAGCAAAAAGUACAGGCGGGCGGCUGUCAAGAUCAACUGGGACUUGAUGAUGAAACAGUAUGGGCCGUUUGCGGCGCUGGGGCUGAUUAUAUUAGUAUUCGUUUGGUGGAGGUUCUUUUAACUGAAGGAGAAGAUGCGGGAUCAUGGUGGAGGCUGUUUGUUGCGCUGCAUACUGCUGCUUGGUUAUAACGCUCAGCAUCGGAGUUUGGGGAUUGGAACUGAAGCGGUAUGUGUCUGUAUCGUCAUGUUUUCUAUAGGUCUUGUUUCUGUCCCGUAAUGCACAUUUCAAAGAAGGCACUCUGCACAGCACAGCAUGGGA